AUUGCAUUAGCUACGUUUUUUAUAAAUUUAUUUUUAGUUUAAAUUUACGGCGCGUUUUCUUAAAAUUUAAUUUAAAAGAUUAUACUUGUGUCGUCGACUGCACGAACUAUAUGUUCAGGAAGUUUUACAGGAAAUAUAGUAAAUUGUGUAUGUAGAUACUCCCACGACGAAUGAUGACGAUAUUCUUGCACUUGAGUUUAUGUAGUUUAAUUUGAGUUACAUUCGGAUGCGCAGUGACCUACCGCACAAACAUUACACGUGUAUAUGAUUUUUUUUUUCUCAGUGUUUGCAUCGAGAUACUUACAUGUGAUGUGUGUUGUUUUUAAAAAUAAAUAACUAAAUCGUUACAUAGUUUUUUAAAAUUUUUUAACGUGGGUAUUAAGAACCUGUAGGUGUAGAAUUUAUUGCACCGUUUAAAUUAAUAGGGUAAACACCUGGUCACAGUUUGUUGCUUCUUUAAAUUCCGAAUCAUCUUGAUGUAACAGUACAACUUUAAGACGCGUAAACGAAAGGUGUGUAGUCCAUCCCGGAGGUUAGAGAAACGCGAGCACCAUUACUGACAUAAUGAAGAGGGAGGCAGACACGAUGGGCGGUCAAGGGGGUCCGAUGACCCCUCACAAGCGAUACCGUCAAGGAGAUGACGAGUUACGACUCCUUAUUCCAAGCAAGGUUGCUGGCUCUAUAAUUGGAAAGGGCGGACAGAAUAUCACAAAACUCCGUAGUCAGUACAAAGCCUCAAUCAUUGUACCCGAUUGCCCCGGACCCGAACGAGUCCUGACUAUCAGUUCGGAUUUGGAUACAGUACUCCAGGUUCUUAAUAAAGUUGUACCUAAUCUUGAAGAGAAUGGAACAAAACACGGAAGUGAUGAAAUCGAUAUUCGCAUGCUUGUCCAUCAAAGCCAAGCCGGUUGUGUCAUCGGCAAGGGUGGACUCAAGAUAAAAGAGCUUCGUGAGAAAACGGGUGCGAGGAUCAAGAUUUACUCAAACUGUUGUCCCCACAGUACUGAUCGUGUCAUCAGCAUUUGCGGCAAGUCUGCGACAUGUAUGGACUGCAUUAGAGAAUUGGUUGCCACCAUAAAAACAUCACCAUUGAAGGGUAUAAAUAACCCGUACGAUCCGCAUAACUACGAUGAUUACUAUGCCGAUGAGUAUGGUGGUUAUGGAAGCGGAGACGGUCAAGGUAAACCCGGAUUCCCCGGAGGACGUGGAGGCGGCGGGGGUGGUGGUGGUGGCGGUGGUGGUGGAAUGCCACCCCGUCGUGACAACCGAGGCGGCGGCCCACCAGAUAUGAAUCGAGGAUUCCCUCCACCACCUCGCGGAGGUCCCCGAGGGGGCGGCGGCAGUAUGUCAGGACCACCUGACCGUGGAUAUGGUGGCAAUGCCCGAGGUGGCGGCUACGACGGAGGCAGAGGAGGCGGUGGCGGUGGUGGAGGCGGAGGUGGAGGCUACGCUGGAAACAGGGGCGGCCCUCCGCCUUUCGGUGGAGGAAAUUACAAUGAUAAUGGAUGGGGAAUGCAAGGAAAUGCUCCGAAUGGACUUGGCGGCGGUGGUGGUGGAGGCGGAGGUGGCGGUGGCGGCGGUGGUAAUUCUGGUAUGGGUGGCCCACCAAUGGGAGGAAAUAAUCAGGGUAACCAGGGUAAUAUGGGUGGAAAUAAAACCAGCACUCAAGUUACCAUUCCAAAAGAUCUUGCGGGAGCUAUCAUUGGCAAAGGCGGUGCAAGAAUCAGAAAAAUUCGAUCUGACAGUGGAGCCUCUAUCACAAUAGAUUUACCACUACCCGGAAGUAAUGAUCGCAUAAUAACAAUAUCCGGAGUACCAAAUCAAAUUCAAAUGGCCCAGUAUCUGCUGCAACAAAGUGUACAAGAGAAUGCGGAUCAUUAUUAAAUUACAUGGACUGAUACGCUAACGGGGAGCCAAAGAUGCGUCUGAACGUUUUUCUUUUUCAUUCAUUGCUCUUUUUUUUUCUUUUUUUUUUUUUUUUAAUAUUAUAAAAAAUGCAUCGACAUCAACAACAUUAUUAAUUAAUAAUUAUUAAUAAAUAAAUAAAAGAAAUCGAGUAUAGUUACGUAGAAAAUGCAUUAAUUAGAAUAUUUCCAUAUAGUAACAGCACCUCGUAAUACUGAUGUACUCCGGAGUAAAUACACGAUAACAAUCAAUCGCAUGUGAAAAAAUAUAUUAAGCAAAUUUAUUAAGUAAUAACAUGAUCGAGUGUUGCUACUUUUUCACUUAGAUAUUUUUCCAAUAAUUAUUUUCAUUAUGAUAUUCAAUAAUAUGUAGAAUAUUUAAACUAAUGCCUUUUAAUUUUUAUUGGGGCUCUUAAUUAUAAUAAUAAUAAUAAUAAUAAUAAUAAUAAUAAUAAUCUACAAACAUUUAUGACAGUUUGAUUUUAUAAUUACUUUUUUUUCUGCGAAGACUAAAAUAAGUUUCUUAAGGGGGAAAAGGUCUAACAAAAAAAAAGAGCAUACUUUUGUGAUAUUUUUUUUUCAGAGUACCUUCUUUAUUAAAAUUCCUAAAACUUUGGACGUUUUUAAGUAUCAUUUCAAGAAUAUCCUGCUAAAUUUUCAAUAAAAAAUAUUGAAAAAUAAGCCAGUGGUAGUGGGGAGAGACAAGUCACGUCAAAAAAAGUCUCCAGGUCGUAGACAAGAUAACUCAUGACUGCUGCUUCAAUUAAAAUUAAAAAACCAAAAAAAUUUCUUGAGUACAUAAGUUUAUGUUGGAUUUGAACGGAGGAUUUUUUGAUUGUAUCUUUACCAAAAAUUCAAAACUGAAUAUUUUGAUUAUUCCUUCCUUCAAAUCCAAGAUAAACUUAUGUACUAAAGAAAUCUUCAAGGUUUUUUAAUUUCAAAUGAAACAGUCACGAGUAAUCCUGCGUACCGCAUAGAGACUGUUUUUAAGGAGACACGGCUCUCCCCACUACCACUGGCUUAUUUUUCAAAAUUUUUUUAUGAAAAUUUAGCAGAAUAUUCUUGAAAUGAUGCUAAAUAAUGUCACAAAUUUUAAGAAUUUUGGAACAGAAUGUUCUCUGAAAAAUAAAAUCACAAAACAUGCCCUUUUUUUUUAUCUCAGUCUCCUUUCCCCCCUUUAAUAGUUUUCAUUUUUAUAAAACUUUUUCGCAUACGUUAACAUUUUUCUAAUGUAUAUUUUUUUUUUUUGAAUUUUCUGUUUAUCAUUUGAUGUAAAUAAGUAAUAACUUAAAUAUUCUAUAAAAUUAUUAUAGAACUAGCUAUUGUUUAAUUACAACAAUCAUUAUUAUUAUUCUUAUAAUCAAUAUUAUAAUUAAUAUAAUUAUAAUUAUCAUAUUUACAUAUAUCAAUUACAAUAUAUCUUUAAUUUUUCUUUCUUUUUUUUUAAAUAAUUUUUUUUUCUAUUAAUGACAGUCUUCAGGCUGAUUUGAGCACCGUUAAAUAGUACGAACUCUUGAAGUUUGUCAUAAUAAUUAUAAUUAUUCAAAUAAUGACAAUUAUAAUAACAGACACACAAAUUGUAUGAGAAAAAAAAUCCAAGAAAAACAAUAAUUGUAAUAAAUCAAAAAACGAAUCGCUAUUAUUGAUACAAUAGUCAUUUUUAAUGGCCUAAAGUUUUUGAAUAAUCGAUGACAAAAAAAAUAAUUAUCAUAUAUGACAUAAUAAAAUAUAACAACUUUUCUUACAUCCUUAAUAUUAAUUUAAAUAAAAUACAAUAAAGUAAAAUAGUGACGAUGCUUUUGGAGAAAAAUCAUGUACAUAAUUAACAUUUUUUUCUCAAAUAUUCAAAUUUUAAAAACGUCAAUCAAUAGAUAAAAAAAAAACUUAGAAAUUAUUCAUUCAUUUUGUAAUAAGUUUAUUAAAUUUAAAUAGUUAUGGAUCUUUGAGCUGCAACAGACGCUUAGCAUCUUUAUUAUUAAUAAUAAUAAUAGUUAUCAUUAUUAUUACAAUAUAUAACAUUUAUAAAUCUAAAUAUAUAUCAAUAAUGUUGAUUUAAAAAAAUAAAUCAUCGAUCGUUGAAGCUUGAGAGUUAAGAUUCGUGAUACUGAAGUUAGUCGAGGCUUUAUAAGUUUUUGAUUUUUUUUUUAAACCGACGAAGUAUAAAAAAAAAUUUUUCAAAAAAAUUGCACAUGUAGUUUUUUUAAUUUUCUACAUGCGCUUUUUUUUAGUUUUCUUUUUUUUUGCAAUUUGUUGAAAAAAAAAAUCAAAAAUUCGUAACUGCCUGUUAACUUCAGGGUCUUGUGUAUCGGUCGGAAUAAAUUACAAUUGAAUUAUGACAUAAAAUUUAUAUUGACAAAAAAAUGGCAUACGAUCACAAGUAAUCGUAACUCUUAAAGUUUUUUUUUACUGUCGAAUUAUGUGGUAUUUUGAAUUCCUUAUGUGUGUCUUAAAAAUUUAGUACGACUUAAAAUCAAAAUGGAGAAUAAUUAAAGCGUAUGAAUAUUUAAAUUUUAAAUGUCAUAUUUGUCAUCAAUAUAUUAAUAAAUACUGUUAUUUGUAUCCAAUAAAUUCAGCUUUAAUUUUUUAUCCUCAGGAAAAUUUUACAAGGGCAUUUGUAAAUCAACAGCUGAAUUUAUCGAAAAAAAAAAUCUUAAUUUAAUAAAUGUACUGUCGUACCAAUCAUUGAAAUUUUUCUCUAGUAGAGCUUGUAGUUGAUAAGUCGUACACUAAUCAAUCAUUAAAUUUAUUCAAACGCAUCUAUCGGUCAAUAGACUCGUGCAUUUUAUCAACUAAUUUCUUUUUUUUUCUACUAUUAUUAUUAUCAUUAAUUUAAAAUAAUUAAUGUAAUGUGUUUACGUAAUUAAGUAAUUACUUGAUAUGCGAGACACAAAAUUAUAAAAAGUGCGAAUGAUUUUGUAAACAAUGUAAAAAUAUUCGUACAAUUAUUUGUGAGUGUAAAAAAAGUUAAUAAUAAUAUUGUUAAUUAAAACAGUUAAUGAGAAAUAAUAAAAAAUAUACAAUUGUAAUAAAUCGGAUGAAAUAAAAAAUAUAAACACUUGCAAAUGUUGUACGUUUUGACGUUUACAUUAAACUCUAUUAUAUUAUUUGUAAUGAUUACUU